AUGCCCAACAACACCUGAAGGCAACACGUAGACGACGAAUGACGUAAUCACGCAGCUGUUUGGUUGUGGUCGGAGAGAAGCAGCUAGGAAGGAAGGAAUCAUCAAGGAAGCCUCCUCUAGCAUCGUAGGUAGAUAAACACCCUGAAGAGGUGUGAACCCAGCGAGCACACAGCUGUCACAGUAUCCAGAGAACAGUAAAAGAGUCCUUCACACAGCGAGGUGUCAACAUGUCUGAGACAUACGACUUCCUGUUUAAGUUCCUGGUGAUUGGCAGCGCUGGGACGGGGAAAUCCUGCCUCCUCCACCAGUUCAUUGAGAACAAGUUCAAACAGGACUCCAACCACACCAUCGGGGUGGAGUUUGGUUCCAGAGUGGUCAACGUUGGUGGAAAGACGGUCAAACUUCAGAUCUGGGACACUGCUGGGCAGGAGCGAUUCCGUUCUGUUACACGCAGCUACUACAGAGGAGCAGCUGGAGCACUCCUUGUCUAUGAUAUUACCAGCCGGGAGACCUACAACGCCCUAACCAACUGGCUGACAGACGCACGGACUCUGGCGAGCCCCAACAUUGUUAUUAUUCUGUGUGGCAACAAGAAAGACCUGGAUGCAGACAGAGAGGUGACCUUCCUGGAGGCAUCACGCUUUGCUCAGGAGAACGAGCUGAUGUUCCUGGAGACUAGUGCUCUGACAGGGGAGAAUGUCGAGGAGGGUUUCCUGAAAUGCGCUCGCACCAUCCUCAACAAGAUAGAUUCAGGUGAGUUGGACCCGGAGAGGAUGGGUUCAGGUAUCCAGUAUGGAGACGCUUCGUUGAGGCAGCUGCGACAGCCGAGAGGCACCACCACACAGAAUAAACAGCAGUGUAAUUGCUAGGGAUCGGAGCCCGACCCUCACCUCAGCCCACAGGCCCACACAGACAGGACGCCCCCCACAGCUCCAGGUGUUUUUUGGUGUGUGGGAUCCUUCUCUCUGCUGGUCUCACACACCUCGGAUCACCUGGACGAGUGGUCACGGAGAUCACUGCAACCCCUGACCCCUGACCUCUGGUAAGACUCUCUACUUCUAACCUGAGGGGGGUCAGCUUCGCCCCUGUGUCUGGGCAGGGAAACCCCUCAGUGUAAACACGCUGGGAUCAUAAAGAAGAGGAAUCUUGGUUUCUCAGUGACUUACCAGACACGGCCGAGUCGAGGGUUGUUUGUGUGUGUGUGCGUGCGUGUGUGUGUGUGUGUGUGUGUGUGUGUGUGUGUAUGGGCUGCCCUACUGUUGAUUUGUCUUUGUGCUUUUCAUUCUGGUUUUAGUGACACAUACAUGCUUUCUACGUUUGCACAUCAUUGUUUGUAAAUUAUUAUCGGUAAACUAUUUUGCGCAUAUUCAUCGUUCAACCUUAUUCUUAUUAUAUGAUUCAUGAUUAGUUUGGUCUUUUUGAGUUUUAAUAUUCAUAGAGGCACCCGUUGAUAUUUUGUUUUUUAUUAUCCAUUAUUUGAGUUAACUGUACUUUCCGUACAUUCAGCCCGUCAUUGAUGGUGACUACGUGAUAAACAGUCCGAACGCGUCCUCUUAUAAGUAAAAAUGAAGUCAACCGGCACACAUUUUGGUUUAGUUAUCAUGUAGAUAUAUUGAAAAGCCGACACAAUGUAAAUCUAUGUAAAGGUUUCUGCAGCUGUUAAUCCAAAAGGAAGCAGCUGACAGGUGAGUUUAAGCGUAAAGUUCCCAGU